UGAGGGGAGGAAAGUUAGUUAGUCAAGAUGGCAUGGCGCACAGACACGGAGUGAAGGGGCACCGCUCCCCAAAUCUGUGCUCCCUGAAUACUGAUCAGCGCCGGCCACGAUGAAGCUUUGCCGCCAGAAAUAAGCUGUGCCCUGGGAAUGUGGGGGGAAAAACGCAGGUCCGACACCUCAUGAAAAUGGAACUGUAAGAAAAAAAACUUCAAGUUGAGCUUCUGAACUGCCAAACAAAGGUGGAGAAAAGAAAGAAAAGCAAAACAAACACCACCCUCCCUCUUAAAACUUCUAAUGAAGAACAAAAUCAAGAAAAAUAAAAGAAAACGCUAUUCAACUUCAAAAUAAAAUACAUACAAUAUUUACAUAACUCCUUAAAAAAAGAAAAAAAAUCUGCAAAGGAAUUGUAAAGAAGCGGCGGGAAGAUUUGAAACAAUAACCGUUCAUUCUUUUUUUUUCUGGUUCACGAUGUUUCGCGACCAGGUGAGAGUGCUGGCCGGUUGGUUUAAGGGCUGGAAUGAGUGCGAGCAGACGGUGGCGCUGCUGUCGCUGCUGAAGCAAGUGAGCAGGACGCAGGCGCGCUUCCUGCAGCUCUGUCUCGAGCACUCUCUUGCGGACUGCACCGAGCUGCAGGUGCUGGAGUUAGAAGCGAACAACCCCGUUCUGAUCAGCCAGUGGCAGGGCAAACCCAAGGAGCGGGUCCUUUCUCUGUUGCUGACCCAUCUUCCCCUGCUGCAGCCGGGCAACGUCGAAGCCAAGGGGGAGUACAUGCAGCUGCUGCCCAAGAUCCUGGCGCACUCCAUCGAGCACGGGCGCCACCUGGAGGAGAGCCGGCAGCUGCUGUCAUACGCACUGAUACAUCCGGCCACAUCUCUGGAGGACCGGGCAGCACUGGCGCUGUGGCUGAACCACCUGGAGGAGCGUGCUGCCGCGCGGGCGGACUCUCUGGAGCGCGCCCAAACCCCUCACCAUCUCUUCCCUCACCACCAGCGGCGCGGCUCAGACGACAGGCUGAACGGCUGGCAGAGCCCCCGGGACUCGGGCUUUGGCGGGAGCAGCUGGCAUCAGCAGGGGUGCGAGAACGGGCACCUCUCCCUCUACCCCUCCACCUCCAUGCCAUCCACCAUCAAUGCCCUUGGCACUGCCAGCGGUACCAACACCAUCGUGCCCGGUGGGCACAGCGGCCAACAUAGCCCCCUCAAGCGUUCGGUGUCCCUCACCCCCCCGAUGAGCGCGCCAGAGCGGCAGCCCCUCGGACACGGCUGGCUGUCCCAAGAGGACCUGCGCUCGCGAGUCCCCGUCCCCGACCAUGCCCCCCUGUCCCCCCAGAGCAGUGUGGCGUCCUCGGGCAGCGGGGGCAGCGAGCACCUGGACGAGGGCCCGCACAUGAGCGGCACGGCACACUGCACCACAUUCCACGAGGAGGGCAGCGGCAUGAGGGACGUGCCAGCCUGGCUGAAGAGCCUCCGUCUCCACAAGUACGCAGCUCUCUUCUCAACCAUGACCUACGAUGAGAUGAUGUCACUGACAGAGAGGCAGCUGGAAUCGCAGAAUGUCACCAAAGGAGCGCGGCACAAGAUCAUCAUCAGCAUCCAGAAGCUGAAAGAGCGGCACAUGGUGCUGCGGUCCCUGGAGAAGGACGUCCUGGAGGGGGGCGGUCUUCGCGCCCCUCUGCAGGAGCUGCACCAGAUGAUCCUGACGCCCAUCAAGGCCUACAGCGGAGAGGAUUUGGAACAGCGGCCCCUGUCAGGCUCCGAGGGGAAGGGCAGCGCCCUGUCAUCACAGCUGGGAGGGGGUGAGGGGGAGUCGGGGGGCAUGCUCAUCUCAGAAGAGGAUCUCCCUGCACAGUUCACACGAGUCAUGGGAAAAGUCUGCACUCAGCUCCUCGUCUCCAGAGCCGAUGAAGAGAACAUCAGCUCCUACCUGCAGCUCAUAGACAGGUGUCUAAUCCACGAGGCCUUCACAGAGACGCAGAAGAAGCGCCUGUUGUCAUGGAAACAGCAGGUGCAGAAGCUUUUCAGGUCGUUGCCACGGAAAUCCCUCUUGGACAUAGCAGGGUAUCGACAGCAGAGGAGCCGUGGCUUCAGUCAGUCCAACUCCCUGCCGACAGCGGGCUGCGUGGGGGGAGGGGUGAUGUCGCGGCGAAACCCACGACAGUUCCAGGUGCCGUCGCGCAGCCUACCCGGAGCUAAGCUCGGCUUGCUGGGAACCAGCAGCAUCCUGGGGGCAUCCCAGCGCAGCCCUGCCAGCACUCUUAGCGGGCACAAGCAGGGCAGGCAGGGCUUGUGGUUUGCCAACCCUGGGGGCAGUAACAGCAUGCCCAGCCGGACUCACAGCUCGGUGCAGCGCACACGCUCACUGCCCGUCCACACCACGCCACACAACAUGCUCCUGUUCCAGCAGGCUGAGUUCCAGGUGCCAGUGACAGAACCAGAUAUCAACAAUCGCCUGGAAUCCUUGUGCCUGAGCAUGACAGAGCAUGCAUUGGGAGAUGGUGUUGACCGGACAUCGACCAUCUGAGGCCAUAGAGAGAGGAGGGCCAGGGAGACAGUGCUGGCCGCGAGUCAUAGGGGAGAGGUCACCCAGGUUGAAAAGAAGGGUCGCCUGCCCACCGUCACUGGCACCUGGACAGCCAACCAAGCAGCGUUCACCACUUACUAGCUCCUUGUUUGUUAUUCUCCAUUUUUAUUUUCCUCAAUUCGUAAGCAUUUUAUUUUUUUUU